CAAACAUUUUUACCGGCAUCUUUUAAUUAUUUUUUUAUCGUCUAAAGGAAUGAGAGAAAUGAUGCAGCUAUGGCUUGGAAGCUUCGCGGUGCUCAGCAGUCAAAUAACAAUAAUAAUGGGAAUAAUAACAACCAUAAAGGAAAUCAUGGAAAUGGAUUCGCAGGUGCUACUGACUUGCGUCUUCUUCUACGUCAGUCAUCCCAAUCUCCUCCUGACAGCCCUAUACCCAAGCAAGCUCCUACUGCAGGAGAUAGUGACUUAAAUGGUCCAUAUAAUUUCCGACAACUUCUGCGGCCAACAGAACAUCUUCCUACUGAAUCUUUGAGAAAGAGGAAAGGAUUUGUAGGGCCCCCUGAAAUUGGAAAAUCUGAUAUUCCUUACAUGAGAAACAAACCUCAAAAUGUAGAUGACAGUCCCAGUAAGCGACGUGCCAGACCAUUUGUCAGAAAAUCAUAAAACGUCUCAUCCUCAGUAAUAAUAUCAAAAUUAAGUUACUUAGUAUUUUCUAAAUAGUUUCAUUGAUUGGCAUGUUUCUCACAAUUGAAUUGCUGAAUUUUUAUUUUUUAGUUGAGUAUACUAAAAUUCUUAGACAUUUGCCAAAGAUUCCUUUAUGUGUAUGUGCUUGUAUUAAGUUUUUCUGUCCUAAUGUGUUGUUUGUUACUGUACCAAUAUCUUAUGUAAAGGACUUGUAAAUAUUGUGAAGUGUCGUAAACUAGUCAGUGAUAAGCAGUGGUAACCAAAACACUUUAAAAAAUGCGUAUUAAAAUGAGAUGUGGAAGGGGUGAUAAAUAAGAAAGAUUGAAAAUUUUUCAUCAAUAGCUGAAAAUUGAAAUGCAUGAAAACAAGGUGGUUUGAAGAUUUCUAUUUUAAUAAAUAAUCAUCUUAUGAUCCAAAGUAACAUCUGAAACCUUAAUUUGUAUUAUGUAUGAUGCAAUUCAUAAAAUUAGUAUAUAUUAAUGUAAUGAAAAAAUUAAUAUAUUUUCUAAGGUGUCAAAUACUCAAAGGAAUUGCAAAAGAUUUGAAAAAAGGUUUCUCUUGAUAGUCAAGAAAACAUGUCGAACCAUUCAUACUUCUUUAGACCUUUGUGUUUGUGGUAGACUCCUAUAAUAUUUCUUGUCUGUCAAAUGUAACCUUAAAUAAUAUCACCCAAUAUUGAUAUUUAAUUAUUCAAUCUUAAUUCUUGAGUUUGUCAAUCAUUAUUUCUAUAGAAUUCUGUUGUAUUAUAUUUAACAAGAACAAACAACCUUGCAUAAAAAAAAACAACAUAGAGCAAGAUCCUUGCAUACUUGUGAAACUGAUUGUAAUAUACAUUGUAAUCUGAAAGAACCAAAGUUCAUAUUAAAUGAAUGAAAGUACCUAACAUUGUCCUUAAAUUACCAUUCAUAUUUUGUCCUGUUACAGAAUUAUUAAAAUAAU